AUGCUGGCCCUCUCAGAGAAUUUCUGCGGGGAUUUGUACCCCAGAACCAUACUCCCUCCUGCCUUCUCCCACCCCUCUCUCCCCCACCCCCACCCCGCGGAGGCCCCGGAAGUGGUGUGUUCAUGUGCAGUGACCCUCGGCCGCAGGACAACAUGGGGGGGUUCUGGGAAGCAGCAAGGAAACCAGCCCCUUCCCACGCCGCACCCCGCCCUGGGGAAGCAUGUGUCCCCCUCCCCGCGGCACAAGUCAGUGGAGCAUGGGCUCCUAGGGAGGCCUCGCCUUCCACAGCCACAGUCCCUGCAGGGGCGGGAGGUCCGGGCACGCUCUGAGUGGAAACAUGUUCUUGCAUGUGGAUGUGUGUUUUCCCAUGCAGAUGGCCCCUUCUCUCCAGUACCUCCCUGCCUCCCCCAGGCCUCAGGCCCAGCACCUAGUUCCUCCUCACACAGCAGGUGGGAACAGGCUUCGGACUGA